AUGGAUAGACUAAAUAGAAUACAAUAUGCAGCGUUAAGAAUAUGCUUGGGAGCACUGAAGUCGACACCUACAAAUUCGCUGUUGGCUGAAGCUGCAGAAGCUCCUUUAGAGAUAAGAAGACAGGUUAUAACUAAUAGGUUUUUGAUUAAAAAAUUUAAUUAUGAUCAUGCAUGGAUACACAACUGUUUAGAGCCACUUGCAGUUCUGCAUUUUGAAAAUAGAUUCUGGUACAAAAAACCAAUACCACCUUUAAUUGCUGGGUUCCAUACACUUAAACCACUAGAAGAAGAAAUGAUGGUAAAUAAUAGAUUAACAUACUUCACUAUGUCUUGGAAAGGCACGUUACCUAAAAAGUACAUACAUUUAUCAGAUGAUUUCGAUAAUGAAAAGAAGAUAGACAAGAAAUUAAUAAAUCUGAAACUGAACAACUUAAUGCAUUCAAGAUGGAAAAAUUUUAUUCAAAUAUAUACCGACGGUUCAAAGACAGAUAAUGGGGUUGGAUGCGCAGUUUGGAUCCCAAGUCAAAACAAACAACUUCAAAUUAAAAUGCCCGAUUGGGCUACAAUAUUCACGGCGGAAGUGAUGGCCAUUAAUAGAGCAUUAGACCUAAUCAGGAAACAUAAAUUGGAAAAAGUUAUAAUUUUGUCAGAUAGUAAAUCUGCUUUACAUGCUUUAAAUAUACCUAAAUAUUUUGGCAAUCCACUAAUUUUCGACAGUAUUAGAAAGAUAGAAGAUUUAAUUAAAAAGAAGCAUAAUAUCGAAUUAAUAUGGAUAAGAGGACAUGCGAAUAUCAUCGGAAAUGAGAUCGCGGAUGGGCUGGCCAAAGAUGCACAUAGCACACCCUCGAUUGUAAAUAAAAUUCCUGCAGUAGACCUUAAAGGAAUUGUUACAAAAAAUGGAAUGUCUCAAUGGCAAAAGGUAUUCGAUCAAGACUCACGUUUGAAAGGAAGACUUUACCAACCGUGUAACCCGAAGGUAAUCUUAAAAAUAAAAGUUAUUAGACAUUAUGAAACUGAUGUUUCGGGUCAACUCAAAGGUAAAGCCUCAUGGAGUGCAUGCAUAUGUGUCAGCGAACUCCAUAAUGGUGGUCUCUCGCCCGAUACCUAG